AUGGCGGGCAAUGGAAACGACAUUGUUCAUUUGGCUGUAAAACCGAUUUCAGUAAAAGCAUCUUCCACACAUAACAAGUUAAGGAACACUGUUUGGGCUCGUAAACAGAACGCUGUUGAGGAGCUAGGUCAGCAGCCCUCAGAAAGUAACUUCAUCCCAGAUUCUAUAGAACACAGUUGGUCGUGA